AUGAAGUGUUCCCCUCAAAAAGAAGUAAAGGGGUAUCAUAAUUGCUCAUCUAACUUUCUAAGCCAUUUGAAAAGGAAACAUGGCGAAGAUUGUAUCGAGGAAUAUAAAAAUUACGUCAAAAAGAAGAAAACUGAAAAGAGAAACAACGAGACUAGUAGCGGCAGAGUGUCUACAACUGUGAAAGUGAAAAAACAAACAGUUACAUUGACACAAGAGCAAUUUGAUGAAAAUAUUGUUAAAUACUUCAUCCAUUCUAUGAUAUCAUUGAGAGCUAUAGAAGAUCCUUAUUUUCUGAAUAUUUUUAAAGAUUUAAAUUUAUCGAACAUUGGCCUCAAAAUAAUGAGCCGACGAACUUUGGGACGUCGUAUAAAAAAUUAUUAUACAAGUGAAAUCGCAAACAUAAAGUCUAUAUUACAUGAGACUGAUUAUGUUUGUACUACAGUAGACAUCUGGUCUGGUCGGAAACGGAGUUUUAUUGGAGUUACAGCGCAUUGGAUUACUAAGGAUUUGUGCAGGAUGUCAAUAGCAUUAGCUUGUCGCAGAUUCAGAGGCACGCAUAGUUAUGAUCGCAUAUCUGAACUAGUACAAGAAAUCAAUUCUGAAUUUAAUCUCACUGUUAACAAGAUUGUUGCUACUGUAACUGAUAAUGGCAGCAAUUUUGUCAAAGCAUUCAAGAUGUUUGGAGUAAAAUUAACUAAUAUUAAGAUGGUUGACGAUUGCGAUGAAGAUGGACUCGACGCGAUUUUAUCUGAUUCUGAGGAUUUUGAAGAAGAAGAAAACGCUGAUUCUUCAAUUGUAGAUGACUCGGACCUCUACACUGUAGAAAAUUAUUUACUACCAUCACAUUUAAGAUGCUGUGCACAUACACUCAGUUUAUGUGCAACUACUGACGCAAAUAAAGUAUUAAAUAUACAAAAUACUCAGUUGUCAAAUAUUCAUAAUUGUGUAAUGAAGAAAUGUAAUGCUUUGUGGAAAGCGGUGGGACGCCCUAAGUCGGCAGAAAUAGUACAAAAUGUUUUAGAGCAUUCUUUGAGCCGGCCUGGUCAAACUAGAUGGAAUAGUUUGUUUGAUUCAUUACAACAAAUUUUCUCAAUCAAAGAAAACAAUCUUAAUUUACAUAAGGCAUUAAAUAUUAAAAAUCCUAUUAAAGACAAUGAAUUUGACUAUAUACAAGAGUAUUUAAUGUGUACUACACCAGUUGCAGAAGCACUGAAUAUAAUGCAAAGUGAAAAUAAUACGUAUUACGGUAUUGUUCUACCAUGUUUAUUCGCAUUAAGAAGAAAACUUAAAAAAAUAGAGAAAAAAAAAUUAACUUACUGCAAAUCUCUUAUCGAAACUUAUAUAGAAAGCGUUGAGAGAAGGUUUAACCAAUUUUACAAUUUGACUACGCCUGAAUCAAAGAAUGCUGCAAUUGCUGCUAUGUCUUAUCCACGCUUUAAAAAUAAGUGGUUAUCUUGUGUGGAAUCUAUAAAACGAAACGAAGUUAUAAAUAUGUUCAAAACAAUUAUAUCAAAAGAAAUUCAUGAAAAACCAGAAACAGCAGUAACUCAUGCUACCAAAAAUACAAAAAAGGAAAAUAAAUUUUUCAUCUUUGAUUCAGAUUCAGAUUCUGAAAUGCAAUCUAAUCGAUCUUCGGGUUUCCCACAGACGAAAGCUGAAUUACUAAUGUUACAUUUUUUUGCAGAGGAAAGCCAAGAAUUAGAAAUACUUAAUAGAUAUCUGGAAAUAAAGAAUGUCUUUAUCAAAUAUAACACUGCUUUACCAUCUUCUGCACCAGUUGAGAGAUUAUUCUCAUACGCAACCAUGACUGAUCUUCCAAAGAGUCACAAGUUAUCAGACCAAAUGUUUGAGAAGAGAGUUAUUUUAAAAGCUAAUCUCAAUUAUAAAAAACAUUAG